AUUACUUGUCCCUUGUCAUAGGAAUAGUAAAGAGAAAACAAGAUCAGUGUCGAGCAGAAAAUCAGAAUUAUUUUUUUUAAUUUUCAUCAUCGUAAAGAAGCAAAAAUCCGAAAUGGCUUAUUUUAAUAAUUGUACUGUGUGCUCUAAAAAUAAAAAGAAAACGAGCACCAUCUACGUGUGCACGAAAUGCCUGGAGGACAAGAAAUAUAAAGGGAACAAAAAAAUUGAAAGCCCAAAGGAUAAGAAGAAGCAGAAUGAUGUGAAAAAGAAGUCCAUUGAAGAUAAACAGAAAGCUAAUGCUAAUCCAAAGGAAGAUCAGAAUGCAGAGAACAAUAAGGGAAAGGAGAAGAAGGGGAAGAAGGGAAAGAAGACUAAACCAAAGGAAAAUCCAGCAAAGGAGAAUAAACCAAAGGAGGAUCCAAAAAUGGAGAACAAGCUUAUGGAAAAUCCGCUAAAGGACAGAAACGCAAAGGAGAAUAAGGGAAAGGAGAAUAAACCAAAAGAAGACAAGGCAAAGAAGAAUGCUGAAAAGAAGAAUAAGGGAAAGGAAAAUCUGGAAAAGGAAAAUAUGAUAAUUGAGAAAAAGCAAAAAGAGAUUAAACCAAAGGAAGUUUCUCCAAAGAAGAAUAAGGCUAAUAAGAAUAAGACAAAGGAGAAUAAACCAAAGGAGAUUUUAAAAAAGAAGAAUUAAGCAAAGGAGAACAAGGCAAAGGAUAAUAGGACAACGAAGAAAACCUUACGAGAAUAAACCGAAGUUGAAUAAAACGAAUAAUAAAAAGAGAAUUAUAAGAAAGAGAUAAAACUAAAGAAAAAUCCGGUAAACAAGAAUAAUACGAAGUAAUUAAGACAAAUUAAAUUUCGGAAAAUUAGAAUAAGCCAAACGAAAAUAAAUUAAAGGAAAGUAAGAUGAAGGAGAAUAAAAUAAAGGAAAAUUCAAAUAAGGAGAAUAAUCCUAAGGAGACUGCUGACUCAUGUGGUCCAAACCAAUCUAUCCCGGUGGGAAAAUGUAUUAGCCUUGAAUGAAACAACGAAAAACCCUUCCUAAAUAUUUA